AUGAAGGCUUCCAAGACAACAUUGAUUCCUCCCAAUGUCAACUGCCAACAGCAAGAAGGUCCAGGCCCCAAGAAGGAUAACGGUUUUAUCAGCGACAUUAGCGAUGCUACCGACAGCGAGGAUUAUCUUGAUGAACAGCUUACGCGCUAUCAAAAGCUCUCAAAGAUUGGUGAAGGUUCAUAUGGACAAGUCUUCAAGGCACGACAACGGUUGUCAAACCGCUAUGUGGCGAUCAAAAAGAUGAACUUGCAUCGAUAUCAAGAAGGAGUACCUGUUACAGUAUUACGUGAAUUGGCUAUCUUGAAGGAACUGAAUCAUCGAAAUGUACUCAGACUGCAGGAUCUCAUCUAUCAUGGUGCUUAUAUCUACGCUGUGACGGAUUUGUUGGAUAUGGAUCUACGUACUUAUAUGGAAAAAUACGGGCGUGAAGGUGUCACAUCAGCCCACAUCAAGUCGUUCUUGCACCAGGCUCUCAGCGGCUUACUUUAUUGUCACAAAAUGCGCAUCAUCCAUCGUGAUCUCAAACCCGAGAAUCUACUCCUUGAGGAAUCUAGUGGCCGGCUCAUUAUUGCUGACUUUGGUCUUUCUCGUCAAUUUGACAUCCCAAUGCGUGCUUACACCCACAAUGUCGUGACAAGAUGGUAUCGAGCACCCGAAAUUCUACUGGGGACGGCCUUCUAUUCAACAGCAGUGGAUGUGUGGAGUAUGGGUUGUAUCUUUGCCGAAAUGAUGACUUUGGAUCCUAUCUUUCCUGGCGAUUCCGAGAUCGAUCAGCUCUUUCAUAUAUUUCAGCUACUUGGUACACCUAACAACGACGUAUGGCUUGGUGUUGGACAUUUACCAGACUUCAACCCUUGCUUUCCAGCAUGGAAGUCGAGGGAUCUGAAUCAAACGUUUAAAAGAAAAUACAAGCGUUACUUGGAGCUGGAUCAAGAUGCUCUCAUGCUGCUCAAAGGAAUGCUUACGUACGAUCCUUACCUUCGAUUAUCUGCCAAAAGGGCUCUCGAAUCUCCCUACUUUUAUUGUGACAUGUCGAAAUUACUAUUUGAAUAG